CCUUCUUCCUCCCCUCUUCGCUUCGCCUAUUGCUUCAUUCCUCUGGUUCAUCACAAACAAGGAGAGAAAAUUAAUCGAAAAUUUUAUAAAAAAUCUUGGGGAGUUCUCUUACUCCUUGUUCUUGAUCGAAUCGCACGUCGAUCUCUGCUGCAUUGCUCUUCUUCUUCUUCCGCUCCUGCUCUAUCGACAUGGACUACGAGGCUCGCUACAGGCAAGCGCAGAGGCCUAAAUAUGAUUGCCUUCUCUUUGAUCUCGACGACACCCUGUAUCCACUGAGUUCCGGUAUGGCAGCUUCAUGCUGCAAGAACAUUGCAGAUUAUUUGGUUGAGGAAUUAGGGAUUGAAGAGAGCAUAGUGCCGGAGUUGGGCAACCUUCUUUACAAGAACUACGGCACAACAAUGGCCGGUUUAAGGGCCAUCGGCUACAGCUUUGAUUAUGAUGAUUAUCACAGAUUUGUUCAUGGAAGAUUACCUUAUGAGAAUCUAAAGCCUGAUCCUGUUCUAAGGCAACUCUUGCAGGGCCUCUCAAUUCGCAAACUUGUGUUUACGAACGCUGAUAAAGUUCAUGCGCUCGAAGUGCUGAAGAGGUUGGGGCUGGAAGAUUGCUUCGAGGGGAUCAUAUGCUUCGAGACGGUGAAUCCGCCUUCGUCGUCGACACCGGCGGCGGCGGCGUCGGCGGCGGGAGUGUUCGACAUCGUCGGGCACUUCGCGCGGGGGCCGAGCGUCGACGGAGUCGAGCUGCCGAAGACGCCGGUGCUCUGCAAGCCGUCGCCGGAAGCCAUGGAGCAGGCGCUGAGGAUCGCCAACAUCGAUCCGCACAGAACCGUGUUCUUCGACGACAGCGCGAGGAACAUCCAGGCUGGGAAGCGCGCCGGGCUGCACACCGUGCUGGUUGGGACUCGUCAUCGAGUUAAAGGGGCGGACUAUGCGCUGGAGAGCAUCCACAAAAUGAAGGAGGCGCUGCCAGAGCUGUGGGAGGAGGCGGAGGUCGCCUCCGCCGCCGCCGGAAACAUCCGCUACUCCGCCGGCAACGUGGCCAUGGAGACGCCUGUGACUGCUUGAUCAAUUAACAAACAAAUUGCUGGGAAUUUCUCCAUCUUACGAUCCCAUCCCCAGAAAUAAAUAUAUUCCAUUUCCUACUCUGAAAAAAAUAUAUAUGGAAUUGGAAAUUUAUUAUUGCAAA